GUUUAUAUCGCCUCUCUCGGUCUUCACCGACUCUCCACCAUACACUCGAGCCAAAGAUGAGAUCUCUGUGGCGGGCUGUGCGUGUCUUCCUCCUCGGCCUCUCCUUGGCCUCCCUUUCCCUGUCCGGUGCGUCCCGGUUCCACAUCCCGCCUCAUGACCAGGUGGCCCGGGUCGCGCGCUUCGUUGCGCACCAGGUGGACUGGGCCUCCAUGGCCACCAUCUCCACCCACAAACCGGUGGUGGGCCAGCCGUUCUCUAAUGUCUUCUCGGUGAGCGACGGGCCAAGGGGCUCGGGCUCCGGGGUGCCUUACAUGUACCUGACCCGCAUGGAGAUCUCCGUGCAGGACCUGGAGGUGAGCCCUGUGGCGUCUCUGUCCAUGUCUCUGGCUCAGACUGAUUACUGCAGGCAGCAGAGCUUUGACCCUCAGAGUCCGCUCUGUGCUCACAUCAUCCUGUCUGGAUCUGUACAGGAGGUGAACGGGACAGAGGCGGAGUUUGCAAAGAAAGCGCUGUUCACUCGUCACCCCGAGAUGAUCGAGUGGCCGAGCGACCACAACUGGUUCUUCGCCAAGUUCAACAUCACACAGGUGUGGGUGUUGGAUUACUUUGGCGGGGUGAAGACCGUCACUCCUGAUGAGUAUUUCCAGGCAACGCCGUACAGGAAGCACCACUGAUGGAUUCGAACCUGCGAACCCCGCAACCAGAAUGUACGAGAUGCAAAAUCCUCCUCAGGAGUUACACGCCGAUUAAUCUGCUACGAAUCCAUGAAUUUAUCCAACCGCUGAAUCCACGUCAUUUACAUCAUGCCUGCUUUAUUCUUAAUUUUAGAUUUGAAAGCUUCUGUUUCUGAAAACAGGCAAACAAAAUCAGAUGAAGUGUCCUAAACACAGAAGUUGUCUUUAACUCAGACUUAAAUUGUUGCGUUUGGAGCUUUUCUUUCCUGCAGCUGAAACACUCGAUGACAUUCAGGCAUCAGAAGUCAGUGUUACAGUUUAAUCUCCUCUUUCCUUUGAUUCACUUAAAAAGAUUUCAAAUGACUCUGUGAAUGUGUGUGUGCUCAGGUGUUUGAAAAGACUAUUGUUGUUUUGCAGAUUUAAACAUUAUUAAAAAGCCAAGUGUGUUGGUGGAGUUUGACCAGCAGAGGGAGACGUCACGCUGAAAAGUUAAAGCUGCCAGUCCAGAGGAGGAUUAAAUCGAUAAAUACUUGUAUAGGAAAAUUUUUAAUGGAAUAUAUGUUUGUAGGCAAACUUUAGCACCACUUUAAAACAGAACAAAUCUUUUUCUGAGCAUCAACUUUUGUAUUUGACCUUUGACGUGGAUGCUGUUUAACUAACCGAUUUAAAUGUGCAGUUUGAAAAGAAUUGCACAUAAUGUACUUUGUAAAUCCACAAAUAGCACUUUAUGGAACACAAAUCAUUUUUAAUGAAACAGCAGGAGACAUCAGUAACCACACUAACUACAUUUCCCUUGAGUCUUUGCCAGUAACAGGCUGUUUAUUACUUGUGGGUGAUGUAGUAGAGUUUUUUUAUAUGCUAAAAGAAAAUCUUUAUUUUGUUUUUAGAUAUUAGUGAAUCAAAUAACCCCAGAUCCUCCUUCAUGCUUCUUGUUUAGAAUAAUAAUAACUAGGCUCCUUAUAGGCGGGACUUUCCUUUGUUGCAAACAUAGCUUAUUUAGGCAUUGCUGAAAGGGGAGGAGCUUUGAUUAUUUGCCUUAAACAUAACUUUAUUAAUAACAUUAUGACCUGCUGUUUCUUCAAGCUGAAUAACAGCUGUAAGUGUUUGCUGUGAAAUUUUAUUUUUUUGAAAGAAAAAUAAAGAUUUGUAUUAAAGCCUC